AUGAAUCCUCAGCCUCCAGAUCCCAGGGCAGGCAGGAAGCCUUUCCCACCUCUCCGCCGACCGUCCUCUAUCUCUAAAUCCGCGACUCCCCCCACUCCACCCGAGCUACCUGCCCCACAACGUACAGUCCAGGAGAAAUUCUUUAUCCGGACCACCUACUACACCACCAUGGCCAGAGCCCUGUCAUUCCAAGGACAAGUGCUCAAUGGCGUCACCCCGCUUCAACUGGCUCAAAACGGCUUUCACUACCAACCACAUACAAGCUCCGGUAGUCUGGCCUGCUGCUUUGUUUCUCGAAAGUUCAAGCGCCUAGACAGCUUUCAAUAUAUACCUUUCCAAAAGACACAGCUCCCACACUCGAGAGACUGCUUAUGGCAGGCCAUCUACAAUGACUUGAAACAACAUUCCGAAACUGUUGAUACACUUACCCCCUCAACGAACGCACGCCCACCACCUAGAUUAACUCCCCUCCACCAUUCUUCUCCGAAUAGUGCAACUCUCAAGAAAAUUACCACAAACGCUAGCACACAGACACCGACCCAAUCAACACCAACAGUGCCCACUACUGUAAUGAACAACCCAUACACUCAACCUCCAUCCACCACCAACAUCGAUCCAGAACCUCAACUACCUCUAACCUCCCACGCUCCCCAGCUUCAUCUAACGAUACCCUCCGUCACUCCCUCACUCUAA